AUUGGCUCCUUUCUUGUGCAGCAGGCUGAUUCAUGCUAUAACUGAUGAUGUUUCGUUUUAAAAUUCUCUGUUUUUGUUAUAAUUAUCUGUUUACUUCUUGGUUCCUACAUGCUACUUCUCUUAUACCCCAACAUUGUCCGCGUUGCAUGUACCUUUCAAUGACAUCAAUUUGCAAAUUUAGGUUUGAUUAUUUCUCUGGCAUCACCCUUAUUCCUGUCUCAAAACAGACCUUUCUUGGUUUUUUGCAUUUCCUUCAUAUUCCUUUCUGUUAUCAUACAGGCUUCUCUUUCUACUCUAAACUGUUAGUCCCAUGAUAUCUAAAUUUUCGCUGCACAAAUCAUUCACAUUGAAUUCUUUGGAGUCAAUGUCACGUUAAAUUGAGGUUUCAACCUUACACUUCUCCUUGGCAUUUCAUUUUCUUGCCACCAGUCAUUAUUUGUAUGGUGCUUCCGAUGAAUUCUUCUGGCUUCUGUACCUUCUUCACAGUUGCCUUGAACGCUAGCUUAAAUAGAUACUAAGAUGCCAAAGGUGAAAGCAAAUGCAUUGGAACAAGCUGAGAAGCUUGGUGAACCUGAGAAAUCAAAUGAUUCUGACGAGAGAUUAGCCUUUGAUGGUGAUAAUGACAAUGAAGACCUAAUGGAUGAAGAAGUUGAGUAUGAAGAAGUGGAAGAAGAAGAGGAAGUGGAAGAGAUAGAAGAUGAUGAAGAGGAAGAGGUUGAAGAAGUAGAGGUGGACGAAGAGGAGGAAAUUGAAGCUGCUAAUGGGUCCAUCAGUGGUGUCUCAGGAGUUAAUGAACAAGAUGACAAUAAAAAGCAUGCUGAGCUACUUGCUCUUCCUCCUCAUGGUUCAGAAGUAUAUAUUGGCGGAAUUUCUCGAGAUGCUUCUGAAGAGGAAUUAAGGGGAUUUUGCGAAUCAAUAGGAGAAGUCACAGAGGUAAGAAUAAUGAAAGGGAAAGAUUCCAGUGAGAACAAGGGCUAUGCUUUUGUCACCUUUAAAAGUGUUGAGCUUGCAACCAAAGCAAUUCGGGAUCUUAAUAACACUGAAUUCAAGGGCAAAAAAGUCAAAUGUUCUACAUCUCAAGCGAAGCAUCGUUUAUUUAUUGGUAAUGUUCCAAGGAACUGGGGUGAUGAAGAUUUAAAGAAGGCUGUGAUGGAGGUGGGACCUGGUGUUACUUCUGUGGAACUGGUUAAGGACAUAAAAAAUUCACAAAACAAUAGGGGAUUUGCAUUUAUAGAAUAUCACAAUCAUGCAUGUGCUGAAUAUUCAAGGCAAAAGAUGAUCAACCCAAAUUUUAAGCUGGAUAAUAAUGCUCCAACUGUCAGUUGGGCUGAUCCUAAACAUGCCGAGUCUUCAGCUGCUUCACAGCAGGUGAAGGCAGUUUAUGUGAAAAACUUGCCUAAAGAUAUCACCCAAGAUCAGUUAAAGAAGCUAUUCGAACACCAUGGGAAAAUCACAAAAAUUGUGCUGCCACCAGCAAAGGCUGGACAGGAAAAGAACAGAAUCGGUUUUGUGCACUUUGCAGAGAGAUCAAGCACCAUGAAAGCACUUCAAAACACUGAGAAAUAUGAGAUUAAUGGACAAGUGGUCGAGUGCUCUCUUGCAAAACCACAGGCAGAACAAAAACCUACUGGAGGACCAAAUGUACAGAAGUCUGCUUUGCUGCCUAGUUAUGCACCCCCUGUUAGUUUUGGUUUGGUUGGUGGUGCAUAUGGUGCAGUAGGGGCAGGAUUUGGUACGACUGGCUUUGCUCAGCCUUUCAUCUAUGGCAGGGGACCAUCACCAGCUGGCAUGGCCAUGAUGCCAAUGCUUCUUCCUGAUGGACGGAUAGGAUAUGUUCUGCAACAGCCAGGAGCUCAGCCAUACACACCCCCACAGCAGAAAGCUGACAGCAGGAUUAGCAGUGGUAGUGGCAACAAAAGUGGCAGCAAUUCAGGCAGGGGUAGGCAGAGUAACAAUAGUAGCCAGGGGCGUAGAUAUCGGCCUUACUAGCUGCUUUUUUUUUUUUUGGAGCCUACAGACGUGUGCUUCUUGGGCUUUUUAAGUUAAAAGUUGGGACUUAAUAUGUUGGAUGUUUAGGCGAAUUGUUCUACUCAUCUAAGUCCUAGCAUUUUGAGCUUUUUUUUUUUUGGUGUUGUAGUACAUUGCUGAAUUACUUAGGUCAAAGAUGUUCUUCGAGGCUUUGAGCCUUCGGGAAAAGCUGAAUAUGCCAAAAUUCUUUCGAAUGCUUCUAUGAAAUUUGUAAUGUUCACCAAAA